UACGCAACGCAGUUCGUCAUGACUUGAAGAGAAUCACGACGGGAUUUCUGUAGUGACGUGAAAUUUAGGCUAGAUGCAAUUAGACAUGGCUUCUGUGCUGCAUAUGUACCAGCAGCUGUGGCAUAUAGCCGCUUACUGAAAGCACUUUUCCCACCAUUUUUUCUUUAUUUUUCUUUGCACAUUUCCAUCCAAAGCAAGACUGCACCUGAACUUCCUCUCGCACUACAUUUCCCCAGUGAAGUAAGAAGCGUCGCUCUGUGUGUGUGUCUGUGUGUGUGUGUGUGUGUGUGGAAGCGCUGACAGAGUGCGCCGGUGAAGUCAGUGAAGUGUUUGCGGAUUUCUGUGGGAAGACGCUGCUUUUUCGUGCACCUGUGGACGCCUGCAGAGAGAGAGAGCGCGCCGUGGACGCCUUUGGUGUGCUUCUCCCACAAACCUUUUGAUUUCUUUAGGGGGCUUUUUCUGCAGCAUAACGCGUCCGUCGGAUGCACGGCUGGAUUUUGAGCAGUCGGAGAGCUCUGGUCAGCUUCAGCACCACAUCAGCUUUGAACAGCUCCGGGUCGUCGCGUGUGGAUGGGCUCUGUCGGUCUCCGUGUCUCCUGCAGCUCCUAACUACCGGCAACAAUGGCAGCACACGGUUUCUGGUCUCUUGGCGGAGAUAAUGCGGGGGCCAGUACCGGGAGUCAGAGCCCCAGUACGCCCAGGGCUUGGUGCCAAGCGGCGGCCCAGAAAUUCUCCGGAGGAAUUGGAUCGAAAUUAUGUGCGCUGCUCAAUGUCGGGGAAGUGGAGAAACCCGCCGAUCCGGCCGCCAAGCAGCCGCCACAGACAGAAGCUGCAGGCACCUGCGGCUGCAACAAAUCCUGCAACUGCACCAAAGCUGCUGUGGUCUUCUCCGACCUCUAUUCAACAGACCUGUUACCUGCCAUGGACGGUGACACCAAAACAAUGACCUUCCUGCAGGAAGUUGUGGAUAUUUUAAUGGCCUACAUCGUGGAGUCUUUCGACCGGGAAACGAAAGUUAUUGAUUUUCAUUAUCCAAACGAGCUGCUUCAGAUGAACAACUGGGAGCUGCAGGACGAGCCGGCGACUCUGGAUGAUAUCUUGAUCAGCUGUCGCGCUACCCUCAAAUACGCCAUCAAAACCGCCCACCCCAGGUACUUCAAUCAGCUCUCUACAGGAUUAGACAUGGUUGGACUGGCAGCCGAUUGGCUAACAUCCACUGCCAACACCAAUAUGUUCACCUAUGAGGUGGCUCCUGUCUUUGUGCUGCUGGAAUACGUCACUCUGAAGAAGAUGAGGGAGAUCAUUGGCUGGCCGGACGGGCGAGGAGAUGGCAUUUUCUCUCCUGGUGGUGCUAUUUCUAAUAUGUAUGCCAUGCUGCUGGCCCGCUUCAAGAUGUUUCCUGAAGUGAAGGAGAAAGGAAUGUCAUCUGUUCCCAGACUGGCGGCCUUCACAUCCGAACAUAGCCAUUUUUCAAUCAAAAAAGGUGCAGCAGCUCUUGGCAUCGGGACAGAAAGUGUGAUCUGCAUCAAAGCAGACGAAAGUGGUAAAAUGAUCCCAGCUGACCUUGAGAGGAGAAUACUGGAGGCCAAACAGAAGGGUUUUGUACCUUUCUUUGUAAGUGCAACAGCUGGAACAACAGUAUACGGAGCCUUUGACCCUCUCAUCGCCAUUUCUGACAUCUGCAAAAAGUACAACGUCUGGAUGCAUGUGGAUGGUGCGUGGGGAGGAAGCCUCCUCAUGUCCAGGAGACACAGGUGGAAGCUGGACGGAGUCGAUAGGGCCAAUUCAGUUACAUGGAACCCCCACAAGAUGAUGUCAGUCCCUCUGCAGUGUUCAGCCCUGCUGGUCAGAGAGGAGGGUCUGAUGCAGAACUGCAACCAGAUGCACGCCUGCUACCUGUUCCAGCAAGACAAACAUUACGACCUUUCAUAUGACACCGGAGACAAAGCGCUGCAGUGUGGACGCCAUGUCGACAUCUUCAAGCUGUGGCUCAUGUGGAGAGCUAAGGGAACUAUUGGAUUCGAGGCUCAGAUUGACAAGUGCUUGGAGCUGUCGGAGUACCUCUACAACAAGAUCAAAGACAGAGAAGGAUACGAGAUGGUCUUUGAUGGAAAACCUCAGCACACCAACGUCUGCUUCUGGUACCUCCCUCCUGGGAUCCGCUACAUGGAGGACAAAGAGGAGAGAAAGAAACACUUGCACAAGGUGGCUCCAGUGAUAAAGGCCAGGAUGAUGGAGUACGGGACAACCAUGGUCAGCUACCAACCACAAGGGGACAAAGUCAACUUUUUCCGCAUGGUAAUCUCAAAUCCCGCUGCUACCUUCGAGGACAUCGACUUUCUUAUUGAGGAGAUUGAACGACUCGGCCAAGAUCUAUAAGACUCAUCUCACCAAAUCCCUCUGUACUUUUCCCCUUGACGGAUGAAUUGUUUGUCGUGAAUGUACUGGUAAACUUUUUCUUUUCGCUCUCUUUCCUCCAAAGUCACAUAUUUAAGAGUAUAUUUGAGAAAAAAGAUAUAGAGAUAUAUCCGUAUAUUAUGUAUUGUAGCUUUGCCGUGGACUGACUUGGUCCAAAGCUAUGUAAAAGUGCUUCUGUCUGCCAUUCCUAUAGUGUAGUAGAUCCCAGAGUAGUGUACGUGAUGUAACUUUAUAUGUACUUUUUGUGAUAUGAAAUGCUUGUGCAACAGGUCGAUGAGGAAGAGUUUAUUUUUCAAUCAUUUCCCAUUUGCCGAGUAUGUUGUUAAGUGCCAAACGUGGUUGUGUUCUAUUGUAACUUUACACUUUAAACUUCUGGUUUAAAAACUAAAAAAGCACUUCACCUUACCUCAGCUUAAUCAACUGCCUUUACAUCUGCGCAUAGUACUACCACAUAGUGAUUCUGGACAAUAUUCUCUUGACUGGUGAUGUAAAACAGUACCAGCACACAUUAAAUAAUACCCCAACCAGAACAGGCCAUCAUAAGGAUUUGGAAAUAUGUACAAAAGAAGGCAAGGAAACAAUUUCCAUCCAAAUUACACAACAGCAAAGUCAAUUUAAAGCGUUUAUGAGGGCGUGUUGGUCCAUCAUGCAUCACCUCGGCCUUUGAUAGUUUGGUCUGCAGCUUAUGAUUCUUAACCUAAUAUUGUUGCUUAUUAUGUCUAACUAUUUCUACUAUUUUUACACGCACUUCUUUCUAGUGUACUUAAGGUGGUAAAGGCUUGUUGAACCCAUUUUGUUUGAUGUCACCAGCUACAUGCACAUGCACUAGAUACCAUUUCCAACCAGGCUGCAUAUUUAGCUGUGCUGAGUGUGCUUUACAUGUUAUAGUGAUAAUCUAAAAUGCCAAUAACUAAAACACUUCAGCGGUAACGUAAAAUUAUAAUCCUUGAGAUUUGAUUUUUUUCAAACUCUUUUUACUACGAUUAAUGGCCAACAUGGCCAACACAACAUUUGUUUUAAUAGCCAUUCAGUGUGUUUUGGAAUUUUUAACUGCCUCUCUUCAUAUUCAUUUAAAGUGGCGGAGUCCGCCUUUUUCUGCUCAGAAUAGUAGGGAAUUUUUUAUUUGACCUUAUUGAUAAAUUCUGAUAAUGCAAAGUAUCGUGUUGGAGAACUUGUGGCACAAAGAUUAAUUCAUAACCUUGUUUUUUUUGGUAAUGAUUGUGUAGCGGAAGCAAAGCUGGAUUACAAACUGGGCAAAGUGGGCACCUGCCAAUGGGCCACCAAGUAAUUUGAUUAACUGCUAAUUUGCCAAACUGAAAAACAAUUUCAACAGACCCAGCAUUGUUAUAACUUUGUCUUCUAAAGGGACCCUGUGCCAAAGUCUAGUAGACCACUGCCCACUGAUUAAUCCAGCUUUGAUGGGAAGAUGCUUUUCUGGGCCAGUUGGCAUCACAUGACCUGCAGUGCCGACUGUGACCACUACUCCAAAAGCACAACAUUGUUCCCGUUGUCAUUUUAAAUGGAAAUCUGGGACCAGUAUUAUGAAAACCAGGACUAAAAUUCUAAGGAUUAUAACUUUAAAGAUGUAAAUCUCUCAUCUACAGUAUCAUAAUGAGAGAAACCAUUUGUCAGUGGCGAUUUUGGAUGAGCACUUAAUGAAAGAUCGAGGAUCAGGGCAAUAAUGGUGUUUUUGUCUGAAUAGAGAAACUUCACCAGAUUUGCAGCUACUGUAUACCUGACAUCACUUGCACUAAAUCAUCAAGGGAGGAGGAGUAUCCCUUAGCAUUGCAACUGAGAUUUCUUCUUUAUUCAUUCACAAGCAAUAUUCGAGUAUGGGUCCAAUCUAUAUACCCUGCAAAAUAUCAAAAGAAACAGUGAAUUCAAGUGUACAAUAGUAAAAGAUAAUCAAGUUUCCUACUACGCACAGUAGUUAGCAAAUAAAAAAUAACUAAAAACAUGCUUACUGUAGGCAGGUUAGUUGAUGGAAUGUGAACCCUGAUUCAACAAGCAGAGGUUCUGUAGCAUUUUCAUUAGAACAAGUUAGAAAAGCACAAUUUGCUCAACAUGGUCGGUCAGUGUACAAUCACUUUUGAUCAUAGAUUGUAAAUAGUAUUUCAAGAUGUCCUAAGUACAUAUCUUUGUGUAUACAUAAGUGUAUAUAAGACAUAUAACCAGAGACUAUUUGUGAGGUAAAGUUAUUCAUAUUUUCUCUAUCUCCAAUAUAGAUUACCUGUAUUUUCAUCCUGUUAAUCCAAAAAGGCUUUUUUUCCUGUGUGUAUGUAUGUAUGUACGUAUGUCAGAUACUUGACUUGGUUUGUGACUCUUCUCGCUAUUUCAAAGAAAACGUGUUUCAGGGACUGGCUUUAAAGAAUCUGACAGAUUUCACCUUGAAAUACUUCCGAGUCUUGCUCAGAGACUCUGGUGUUUGGAUUUUAAAUGAAUAUGCAAAGCCAUUUCGACUCUGAAGCAGUGUGUUUUUUGUGCACAAGUGAUACUUGACAGUAUGUGCCAAUGUGUACCUUAGUGUGUUUGUAACUGUGUUGCCUUAGUAUAAAUUUGCCAGUAUUGUCUAGUCUUCCUCCAAAAGGGAGGUUGUGCACUUUAGAGUAUACACAUGACCUAAUAACGUGCAAUGUCCAAUGGUUGUUCAUAAGUUGAUGUUAAAAAAAAAUUACUCAAAAAUGUAACUUAAGCUCUUUGGUCUGAAUGUGUCAUGAAAGGGUCUGUUGGAAGUGAAAGCAUUUAAUUUUUUGCAGUUUGUAGAUAUUAUAAAGCUUCUUGUUUAACUGUCUUAUAUCCCAACAGAGAGUACCCUAGAGUUUAAAAUACUUUUUAGAUUUAUUGAUCCUAGUUCUGUUCAUUGGCGUACACACUGUGACACAGACAACAUCAGAUUUAUUACAGCAACAAAGGAAUCUCACUGUGGUAGUCUUGGAAAGCCAGACAUUUUGUUUCUCUUGCUGCUGCUGCUAGACUUGCUUCCUUUGCACGUGCAUGCGAUGCCUUGCCUAUCCAGCUUGUUUGAUAUACAGUCUCCUAUAUACCUAUUUAUAUAUAUAUAUAUACAUAUAUACAGUACGUGUAGCUCCUGUAAUUAGCUUUAGUGUCCAAUGUAUAGCUUAGCCUGUAGAUUAGUGCACUGUCGCUCUAGCCUUUACAUGUGAUCUGUGUGUCUUGGGCUUCCUGUAAAGUUUCUCCGUGCUGCAAGCAUGCUAACCUCGCCUAGCAUUGUAUUCCUCUCCGCGCUUGAUCUGACUAUCUCUAUCUUCUGUCUUUCUCUUCUGCUUGAAGACUGUCGCAGCUCAGAACGUAGAGUAUUAUAUCUAUAUGUGUAGUCCCUCAGCAUGUCUCUCUGAAAGCUGUUCUCUGCUCUGCACCUGUAACAACCUUUUUCUCUCUUUCUCUUCCGCUUUGCCCUCUGGUAGCAGUGACAAUGUAUCCUUGCGCUUUCCUCUAAUGUUUCUUGGCUACCCGCUGUCGUUCUGUUUGUGUGUCUGAGACGGCAUGUUGACUCGUGUCAUGGUGUCAUGACGUCACUGUUUCUGAUUUUGUUUUUCACCAAGGCCCUUGACUCUAUGGGAUGUACGAGAAACAGAAUGAACAGGAUUUAGAUUUGAUUGUCCAAAUACUUGUCCAAAGCAAGUGUUGUUAGCCUUUAACACAGAAGUAUAGAAAAGAAUAUACCCUGGUUUCUUGCUUACAGGAAAUAUCGUUUGUUUAUGAAAACAAUUAAAAUCCCUAGUACUCAGAGUGCAGUAAAUUUUCACUAAAUAUGGUGCAAUUUUGAAUCAUGUAUUCUGCAAACUGCUGUGCUAGCUUCUCUAAAACAUUCAUUUGUCCUGAACUAUAUGUUACGAUUGGGAAAAUAGA